UGUCCAGGCGUGCUCGACAGGAUGCUGACUGGACGCUGGGAACUUAAGAACCACACGGCCAAAGAACUGGAAGAGGUGGAGAUGUUCAUGAGCAGAACGAGGGCGUACCAUAAGCUGCCCCCAACUCUACAACGUGAGGAUAAGAAAUGUGGUAGGUCAGUUGGUCACUCUGGGAAUAUUUAAGAUAAUCAAACAUGACUAGACUUUGAUUAUUUCAAGUUCUUUGAAACAUGUCAACAAUAAUGCAUUUUUACUUCCAUAUAGCAAGGUAUUUAUUUUAUGUAAAAAAAAAUAUAAAUUUUUAAAAGUUCGACCCAAAAAAUGUCGGUACAAUUUGACAAUGAUGUAGAUAUUUUCCCUUAUUUGAAUAUCAAUUAAUUUUCUUUUCAGGCAAUAUAAAUUUCCCCGGCAAGGAAUGGCAGAGAGCAGUAUGCAACCCUAAAGGCGACACCCCGUGCUGUAUGAACAACUUUUGUGUCAAUAAAUCUGUCCAAGAGUGUCAAUGUCCAGAAUGUCAUGACAUGAGACAGCAGAUCCAUGCUGAGUUUGCCACCUGGGUACCUGCGGACCCUACCUGUAAGGUGAGUCAUACCCUUAUAGGAAAUCUAUAG